AUGAGCAGUGCUGAAUCUACCUGCGCUCUACCGAAACCAAUCUACCUACGGACUAUGCAUGCUCCAUUUUCAAUGCAAGCACACAUCAACUGCACUGGCUCAAGUGUCUGCUUCGUUACCAGUGUCGAUCUCUUGAAGUUGAGCACAAUCUGGGGCGACCAAGACGAAGGUGAAGGCGACAACCGUCUGGCCGUGGUCAUGUAG